GUCGGCAAGGGAACCAAGUCGCUCCAGGGCUUCCUCGACUGCAAGAAAGUAUAUGAGACGGUGGUUCUCUUUGGUGCCAGCACCGACACCUACGACCGAGUGGGCAAGGUCCUCAAGAAGACUGCCUACGACCACAUCACGAGACCCAUGGUCGAAGAGGCUCUCAACUCGUUCCGUGGUGAGCUUGACCAGAUGCCUCCGCUAUACUCGGCACUCAAAAUGGAGGGGAAGCCCCUCUAUGAAUACGCGCGUGAGGGAAAGCCGAUCCCCCGGGAGAUCGCCACCAGAAAGGUUGAGGUGGUGGAGCUCGAGCUUGUCGAGUGGUACGAGCCCGGCGCGCACAACUACCGCUGGCCCGCGGACGAGGCCACCAACUUUGAGCGCAGCUUCGCAGAGCAGGUUUGGAAGAUUGGCAAGCAGCAGGCCGAGGGCAAGAAACGGAGCCCCGAGGAGGAAGAGCAGGAGACCAAGGCACUCGAGGCUCACGAGGACUUCAAGCGUAAGGCCGACGAGAAAGUCGAUGCCCUCAUCUACGAUAAGCCCAACAAGCGAAGGAAACCCGAGUCUAACGUUCCGUUGAUGUCAGGAGCGCUCGGUGACCCGCCGCCGCAGUCUCCCAGGCCCGGUAAGGGCUCCAACCUCAUCCCGCCCUCACCGGACCCGAACACGCCGCCGCCCUGGGAUGACAAAGGCCCGCCUGCGGCCAGGAUACGUAUGAAGGUGACGUCUGGCUUCUAUGUUCGUAGCUUCUGUCAUGACCUGGGCGUGAAGGUGGGCUCAGCUGCCAUGAUGGCCGAGCUUGCAAGAAGUACGCAAGGAGAUUUCACUGUCGGGGGCCCCACAUGCCUCGAGUACACAGAGCUCGCCAAAGGGGAGGCUGUGUGGUCGCCAAAGCUCAAUGCCAUGCUAGAAGAUUGGAAUAGCAAGAAGAAAGACGGUGGCGCGACUCAGCCGACACGCGCUCAGAUCCAUCACCCAAACAAGCACCGGACUCCGGGAUCGCCAACUCGACACAAGCGCAAGAUGUCCAACGAUGCCACAGGCAUUGCCUCGCCGAAGCGACCGAGGACUAGCCAAUCACCGGCACACCGUGGCCGAUCGCGGUCCCCGUCGGCAUCGCGAGCGCUUACGACCCAAGCCAACGAGCAAAGUGUCGCUGCCCCAGCUGAGGAGAAGAAGAAAGACAUUGAUGAAGAGUCUUGGAACGGGUUUGAGGACCCCGUACCCGCUGCUCGUGCGAGCUGAAUCGAGGCGCUUUGAUCUAAAGGACACUUCGUCCAUGCAGAGAUCCGCACCGAAAAGCCCACUCAGCACAUAUAUACAACCCUUUUGAGAUAUGCAUGGGAAUGGCGUUACAAAGCGUAUUGAUGUAGAGGCAGCCAUAACUUCCCCGCAGAGGUUUCGGCAUGAUAGAUGCUAGAUAAGACAACAAUAUACCACUCUUCGCAUUCGAUUGUAAUGCCCACGUUUCACGUUUAAUUUUCUCACAAUCGAGUCCACUGCAACAACAAGUAU